AUGGCCUCCGUCGCAGCUUCCGACCCAGGCGCAUCGCCCAUCGAGCAGCUCGCAACCGAACUGCAGCAAGCAAUCAUGCAGUCCCUGCUCGACAUGGCGUCAUUGUUCCGCUUCACGGCAACUUCCCGCGCUAUUCGCAGUGCUUUCGACGCCAAUCCCGGAGUCAUUUUCCGCGCCGUCAGCAGAAAUGAGAGUUCGGGAUAUCUCUGGCCCCUGGCGGUAGCACGUGCCAUCGCUGACGAACGAGGCCGUGAACCCCCCAAAGACGCCGCGGAAUACCUCUGCUACGAGGAACGAGUGAAGCAAUUCUUCCAUGACAAUCUACGGGGUCCCGGAUGCAACGCUUCCCCCUCUACCGCCUUCUUCACACCUCAGCUAAUUAAAGAGCUCAAAUCAUUCCACAGCAUCGCCCUCGAAAUGGCCGACGAAAUUGGCGACGAAAUGUCCGAAAUUUUCAGGUUGGGGCAACAGCCCAUGGAUGACACUGGGAAGAGACAUCUGGUCAAGGCCAUCUAUCUUUUGGACCUGAUGUAUGGCAUCGUCCCCUGGGACCAUGAGGAUUUCGGGCAAACAGAAGAUGACCUUCUAAAGGAAUUCUGGACAUAUUUUGCGCCGUGGGAAUGCAGUCAAACAGUAUGGUUCCAUUCGUGGCUUUCAAACGAGUUCGAUGUCAACUAUGGCCGCAUCUACCUCCUAUGCAGCCAACUCCAGCGCAGCGGCAUUCGUUAUUUGUACAGACUCGACUUCAAUAAACUUCUCGACCCCCAAUCUCCCAAGGACGCUGUCGACGAGCUGGCAGCGCAACCGGACAUGCGGAAAUGGCGGGUGAACGCAAAUCCCUACGAUAUUACAUCCUGCCAACUGAUGCAAUGGCUGGUUCCCACUACAAAUCCGAACGGUCGCACCGUGUACAGCCUCGAUAUCCGUCCCCUGAUCGAGCGAUUCCCCGAGACGGACACAGGUCCCCGUGACUUCUGGUGGUUCAGAGCGCUGGCCUAUGUCGAUGGCUAUCCGACAGCCCGCCAAGAUUUCCUGGCAUGGGACUGGCAGAUUGAUCCGUGA